AUGGGGGCGGUGGAGCACCCCGACAUGGUGGGCGGGUUUGCCGACUUCGAUGCUGGCCACCGGGACUUGGUGACAGUUACCAAGUUCAACUUUUACGGGAAUCGGAUUGUCACGGCCUCUUCCGACCAUCGCAUGAAAGUAUGGGAUCUGAAGGAUGGCCAAUGGCAAUUGACAGACACGUGGCGAGCCCAUGACGCGGAGAUUCGUGAUGCAACAUGGAACGGCCCCUUCACGGGUCAACAUAUUGGAAGCGUGGGAGAAGAUAUGAAACUUAAAAUAUGGCAGGAGGAUGUCACACAGCCCCCAAAUUCCGGCAGACGAUUCAGAUCUAUCUUUCGCAUGACAGCACCUCAACGGCACCCAUUUGUUUCGAUGGACUUUCGCAACAUUGAUCUAGAAUCAUGGAUGGCUGCCAUCACCCGCGAUGGCUAUUUGAUGGUAAUGGAACCUGUCAGCCCGGAUAGUUUGGCAGACUGGCAGCCAGUAGACCAGUUUCGAGUAUGCACAGCACCUGAGCGUGGAGAAGAAACAAGUUUCAAGGUCCAGUUUCACCAUGACCCGGCAGAUAUCACACAUUCGCUUGUCCCAGACUCAGAUCCCAAAAGUCUAUCGCUGGUCGUUGCUGCAAUGGACACAGUGAAGGUUUAUAGAACGGACGCAUCCCGUCGUUUCUACCAUGCCAUUGAGUUGAAUGGACAUGCAAGUCUUGUUAGAGAUAUAUCCUGGGCCAAUGGCUCUGUCAGAGGCUAUGAUCUCAUUGCUAGUGCAGGGAAGGAUGGCCUCGUGCGCAUAUUUGAAGUGUACACAGCGUCGACCAAUCAAGGUUCUCAAUCCUCCAAUUCUCGGAAAACUGAGCGUCGGCAGCAACAACAGCAAUCGCCUUCCACGCGUGCUACUUCGCAAUCUGGCAUUGGAAAUGCUCUUGCGAACCGCCCAACUUCCUCGGUCUCUAAUCGGCAAGCUACUGGGGAUUCUCUGUUCCGACACUCCUUCAAGCAAGUUGCAUGCAUAGAUAGUAAGCAUAUCGAUGUAUGGCAAGUAGAAUUCUCUUUUGCUGGCGAUUCAUUAAUAUCAUCUGGUGAUGAUGGCGCAGUUCGGUUCUGGAAGAGGUCUUUAGCGGGCGAGUGGCUCGAGUAUGCUGAAACCGACCUUGUAUCCCAGUGA